UUUUCUUUUAAAUAUUAGUUACCAGUCUUCUUGCUUUGAUUUUUGUGUAGCUUGCUCAUUCCGACUAAUCUAAUAUUGAAUGUAUAACCCCCUGCAGAUCCUAGAGCGAACUCGGUCGUGUGCAUAACGAAAUUACAACCCGUGCUCAAAACAGGCCAACUGAAGAGACCUGAAGAAGCUCUGCAUAGAAAUAGUAAAAAUAAUAAUAUAUAAAUACAAAACUGGAAGAAAAAUAUAGAGAAAAAUUAUUAUUAGUAUCACUGGGGUGUUUCGAAGAAUACAGAAAGAUCGUUCAGAUUAAACUUUGUAAAGAUAUACUGAAUUGUGGCUCGUGUUAAAAUCUUAUCGUUUCUAUGUAGACCUGACAUGAAAGGACGAAUUGUGUUGUUAUUGAGCUUGUUAUGUGUUGCACAAGCACUGCCUCUCUCCUUGGACGAAAACACACGCGCAUCUUUGACGCGGGGUAAACGUCAUGAGCACCACCACCACCAUCAUGAACACAGCGAAAUCGCUGACAGAGAAGUUCGAACAAUCAUAUCUGCUAUAGUUGAUGCGAUAUUAGACGGUGAUCGUAAAAAAAGAUCUGACAUUCCAGAAGAAGAAGACGACGUCACAUCUGAUAUGUCGUCCGAAUCCGGCAGUGGAGAAGCCUCCGGUGACUACGAACGUGUAUCGGUACCAAAAAAUAUAAAAGAUGUCAAGGGAGCGAAUGAUGAUCCGGAAUAUGUAGGAAAUAUUUUUCAAAAAUCAGAUGAAGAAAGUACUGAUGCAACAAAAAUAUUGAAGCUGGACUCAGUUUCUGAAUCUGGUGAAAAUGUUGGAUCUGGUUCUGGUUCCGAUUCUGACCUUAAUGUUGAAUCUGAAACCGAAUCUGGUGCUGAGUCAGGAUCUGGCUCAGAAUCUGGAUCUGAAUCAGAGUCUGGAUUGGAAUCUGGAUCUGGAUCUGAGUCUUCUAAAAAAAGGAGUGAAGUAUCUGAAACAAAUGACUUAGAACAAUCCGGCGAUUCAGAAUCGGGUAGUAGUGGGUCCGGAGAGGAUGCUGAUACUUCCGGCGAAUUUAACAGCGGGUCUGGAGAUAACGAAAUCGUUGGAAUUGUAGGAGAUGAAAACGCAAGACUUAUUGACGAUGAUAUCUCAAAGAGAACUAAUACUGUUGGAGAUAACGAAGGCAGAAUGAAAAGAGAUGAAGAUGGUUUGGAUGAACAAGACAGAAUCGAGUCUAAAGCAAGACAAGAAAAAGAAAAGAAGGACUUGAUUUCUAACAUUAAUGCACAGCUUUCGAAGUCACAAAAUAAAACGCAAAAUAUAGAAAACCACUCUUUAAUUAGUAACUCUGAAAAUGAUUCAGAUAAUGAAUCUGGAAGUGGAUCGGGUGAAACAUCGGAAAGCGGUUCGGGUGAUUUUAGUUUAGAGAAAAGAAACUCUGUAUUAGAAAAGCGUAGUCAAAUCGUUCAAGAAGAUAAUUUUGGAAAAUUAGUAAACGAACUGGAUAAUGAUAAUACCGAUACGCCUGAUAAUGACUCUGAGAAUGAAUCAGACGAUACAUCGGGUAACGAGUCGGGCAGUCAGUCGAGUACAGAAUCGGGUGACAGCACAAAUUCAGAUUCUUUUACUGAACCACCUGAUAAAAGAAGUAUACUUCGAGGUGAAGAUAAUAAAUACACAGCAGAACGCUAUGCAGCCAAGACUUAUUCCGAAGAAGAAUCCGAAUCCGGAAUUGAUUCGGAUUCGGGGUCGGGAUCAAGUGAUGGUUCUGGAUCACCAUGGGAUAGUGCUUCUGGAUUCGGCUUUGAGAAGCGCGAAACUACACCGCUCUCUCAACAAUAUGGAAACGUAAAUAACACAAUGCGAAAAGCAAACGAAAGUGAAAGUAUUACAGAAGAUGGCGGUAGUGGCAAUUCCGAGAAAGACCCUUCUGGUGAAAGUGGCGAUGCAUCAUCUACAAUGGAUAGCACGUUAAAUGAGUCAGAUGAAGGUUAUUCGUCUGGGGAAGAUGACGAAAACUUACAGCCCGAUGAGGAGAACGAACACUCUUCUGCACAGCUGGAACGCGAAGACAAAAACAUAAAUGAUGAUGCCAGUCUAGUAACUAUGGAAGAUAGUAACAAAAGUAAAUAUGGAAGCCAAAGCAGCAUUAAAAAUACCGAAGAACAGCCUAAAGCUGAAGUCGUCAGCGAUAAUGAAGGCGAAAGCGAAAGUGAUACAGAUGAAAUUAGUGGAACUGAAAGUGAAAGUGGUGCAAGUGGAAGCGAAAGCGAAAGUGGGAGUGGAAGUGAUGCAAGGAGAAAAAAUAUAAUUCAUCAAAUUGUAUCGGACAUGGCUAAAGCAGCAGUGGACAGUGUUGAAGUAGAUGAUUCAGAUAGCGUCGUCAAAAAAUCAAAUAUAAACAUACCGGACGAGGUCACACCGACCAAGUCAAACAAUUUAGCUACUGCUAAAAGAACAAUAGAAAAUAGAACUUUUGAAAAUAGUACAAAUGUCAAUUCCGAUGAUAGUGAAAACAUAACAAAGAAAGGAAUGGUUAAUAGUGAGCGUGAUUUAGCGUUAAAGACAUUAGUCAAAUCUGUGCUAAAAGAUGAUCCGUCUGUUAAAGCAAGUAUAGAAGAAUUGAAAAAAAGAAGGAGCGAAAGUGAAGAAAAGUUAUACAGAGACAUACUUGGGUUGGUACAGCAAGCUCCACUCGAGCCAGAAGAGGACACAAAAGAGAAAGUUAUCACAGAAGUAAAAGAUUUUGAAGGUUUUGUUGAGGCAUUAUCACAGACCGAAAAUCUUUCCUCUUUUAAACAUGAUGCGAUCGCUAAAAAGCUUGAAAAAGAUUUGCUAGAACAUUUAAGCGUCACAGAAAAAGACGAUUCUACGCUGGCCAAUCAAGAAAAUGAGUUGCUAAAAGACACAGAGCUUACUCAUAUUAAAGAGAGAAUCGAAGAUGCUCGUGAAAGUUCUGAAGAAUAUGCAUUAAAACACAGUGGUAGUAUAGAAGAAAUACGGAGACAUGCUGUUUCCUCGCUCAAACCAAUCAUUGAAGCUUUGCCCUUAAAAAAAGAAGAUGUCGAUGAUUUAGCUAAAUUGAUUGGUAAAUCAGCUUGGGUGAAAAUGAUCACACAUACUAAGAGAAAAGCACAUAUCCGUAAAAAGAUCCGACGCAAUUUAGAGGAACUUUUUGCUUUAAAGUGAAAUCUUUCUAUUGAUUACAUCGAAGUGGAAGUAUCGACUUUGCUAUCGCGUAUUGCAUAAUAGUUACCAUAGCAAUAUUAAGCGGCUGAUCAUUAUAGUUGAAAUCUAUUCAAAUGUGUGGCAGUAAUACUCAUUCGCUGGCUAUCAACAUACCAUUUCAUUUACUCGUCAACACAUUCAUUCAUUCAUUCAUACACUCUUUCAAUUAUUCAUUCAUUAAAUCAUUUCAUUAAAUCGUUCAUUUGCCAAUUUUUUUUAUCUAUUUGGCAAUUUAAUCAAUCAUUCAUUCAUUCAUUCAUUCAUUCACAACCUCAAUUCCAAAA